CUACUUUACCACUACCAAUAUCCCCCCAGUGCCAGUAUGAGAGACACCGUUUUGUUUUUGCAUGUAAAAGUGAAAGCAACAAAAUAUGCACACAGAGAACAUUAAUAGGGAAAUAUGUCAGCUUAGUUGGUUUUGAGAAUUUCUUGAAGCUCUUCUUAAGUUUUCUCAAGAAUACAAGGGUUGUGAAAAUGAAGAAGGAAAUUUGGUUUCCAAGCAGUGACAUGCUAUAUGAAGUAUUACCGAAAUUGUCUACUAAGGAUUUGCUGAAAUUGAAGUGUGUGUCUAAGGGAUGGCAAUGUCUUAUAUCUGACCGCAGUUUCAUCCAAGGUCAGUUGAAAAAGAUGGAACCUCUCACAGGUUUCUUCUACCAGGGUAGGUACCAGUGGUGUGAUGAAGAUUAUGAAUGGAUCAGCUUCAUAACUAUGGAAAGAGUUACCACUGAAGUCCAUAUUGAUGUUCUUGAUUUCCUCCCAGAACGUAUUGUCAUCCAGGAUUCAAGUUAUGGACUUAUCUGUUGUCGAAGUAGCUUUCCUUGUCAUGUUCCUGUAAUCUACAUCUGCAACCCUCUGAAUAAGGAGUGGAAAGAACUUCAGUGGCCAAAUCCUUCCAGAGAAAGCUGCAUAACCUUGGUUUUUGAUCCAUUCAAGAACCCGAUUGAUGCAUUCACAAAUUUUAAGGUUGUGAUAGUUAGCCAAAAUGAAACUAGCAGAGAAGGAGAUGGGUAUUUCUCUUUUAACAUUUAUUCAUCAGAAACAGGAGAAUGGAGAAGAUCCGGAGAGAUUUGUCUUUGCAAUCACAACAUGCAGAAAAAAGGAAGCAUCUGUGUAAAAGGGAUUCUAUAUUGGCUUACUGAUGGAGACGAAAUCCUUAUGUUCGAUCCAGAAAAUGAGAUAUCUUGGUUGAUAAUGGUGCCACUCCCCACCACCCAGUUCAAUUUAACACCCGAGAUGUGCAUGGGAGAAGCUGAAGGAAAGCUACAUUAUGUGUUGAUUUCUGAGCACGGGCUUCAGUUAUGGGUGCUAAAGGAUCACUUUACUUCUCAAUGGGAUCUUACUUCUACAAUCUCCUUGGAAUUGCUGGAAAAAGAAAACGACAAGCAUCUGUUCAGGGUAGCUGAAAAGUUAUCAAAAGACUAUAAUUCCGGGUACCCUUGGAUUGGGACUCUAGCUUUCAAGGACAACAUCUUGCUUAUGAGGGUUGCAGCUGAUAUCUAUUUGUAUCACUUUGAGACAAGGAAGAUGCGACACCUCUGCAACCUUUCUGCUCUUGCGCCAAAGCCUUUUUUUUCUGCUAUUGUGGUUCCAUAUACAAUGAGCUUAGUCCCACUUGCUUAGGCAUAAAAAAGUCACUCUUUUCUCCUUUGAUUUAGCAAUGUACAUGGGCCAUGACCGAUAUGUUCUUUCUGAAUAUGCUUGGGAUAUCCAUCAGUUUUUGUUCCAUCCUUGGUGUGAGCAUGUUUAGAAAGGCUUUAAUUGCACUAGUUUUUAAUUAUAUGGAAGUGCAUAUGAUGCUGAUCAGACAGAGAUAUUAAACAGGAAAGUCACAAUUACUUUAUCUUAGGUUGUGAUCUAAUGUCAAGCUUUAAUAGAUCUGAGGCAUACUAUGAAUGGUUU